AUGAAGGUUCUGUUCUUUAACCCGUGGGCGCUGCAGAUGAAGGUUCUGUACUUUAACCCGUGGGCGCUGCAGAUGAAGGUUCUGUUCUUUAAACCGUGGGCGCUGCAGAUGAAGGUUCUGUACUUUAACCCGUGGGCGCUGCAGAUGAAGGUUCUGUUCUUUAACCCGUGGGCGCUGCAGAUGAAGGUUCUGUUCUUUAACCCGUGGGCGCUGCAGAUGAAGGUUCUGUUCUUUAACCCGUGGGCGCUGCAGAUGAAGGUUCUGUUCUUUAACCCGUGGGCGCUGCAGAUGAAGGUUCUGUUCUUUAACCCGUGGGCGCUGCAGAUGAAGGUUCUGUUCUUUAACCCGUGGGCGCUGCAGAUGAAGGUUCUGUUCUUUAACCCGUGGGCGCUGCAGAUGAAGGUUCUGUUCUUUAACCCGUGGGCGCUGCAGAUGAAGGUUCUGUUCUUUAAACCGUGGGCGCUGCAGAUGAAGGUUCUGUUCUUUAACCCGUGGGCGCUGCAGAUGAAGGUUCUGUACUUUAACCUGUGGGCGCUGCAGAUGAAGGUUCUGUUCUUUAAACCGUCGCAGAUGAAGUUUGUCCCCAGUGAGAAGAACGUGGCGUGUGUGGAAGUCGUCCGCCCAAUCGCACCCGGCGAGGAGAUCACCUGCUACUACGGGGCCAGCUUCUUUGGAGAGGGAAACGAGAUGUGUGAAUGCUGCACCUGCGAACGGAAUGGCGAGGGGCAUUUCAAGCAGCGCGGGAAGAAGCCGGAUUCAGAGGAGACGAAGGAUUCGCAGACGUACCGACUGAGGGAACGAUACCUCCACAAACAUCGAGAGAAAGGGCAUUUGAAUCGGCAGAUCACACCUGGAGCUCACACAGUGUUCUCCGUUCCUCUGCUCGCCGUGACCACGCUGAGAGUGUUCUCCGUUCCUCUGCUCGCCGUGACCACGCUGAGUGUGUUCUCCGUUCCUCUGCUCGCCGUGACCACGCUGAGUGUGUUCUCCGUUCCUCUGCUCGCCGUGACCACGCUGAGUGUGUUCUCCGUUCCUCUGCUCGCCGUGACCACGCUGAGUGUGUUCUCCGUUCCUCUGCUCGCCGUGACCACGCUGAGAGUGUUCUCCGUUCCUCUGCUCGCCGUGACCACGCUGAGUGGGUUCUCCGUUCCUCUGCUCGCCGUGACCACGCUGAGUGUGUUCUCCGUUCCUCUGCUCGCCGUGACCACGCUGAGUGUGUUCUCCGUUCCUCUGCUCGCCGUGACCACGCUGAGAGUGUUCUCCGUUCCUCUGCUCGCCGUGACCACGCUGAGUGUGUUCUCCGUUCCUCUGCUCGCCGUGACCACGCUGAGUGUGUUCUCCGUUCCUCUGCUCGCCGUGACCACGCUGAGAGUUUUCUCCGUUCCUCUGCUCGCCGUGACCACGCUGAGAGUGUUCUCCGUUCCUCUGCUCGCCGUGACCACGCUGAGUGUGUUCUCCGUUCCUCUGCUCGCCGUGACCACGCUGAGAGUGUUCUCCGUUCCUCUGCUCGCCGUGACCACGCUGAGUGUGUUCUCCGUUCCUCUGCUCGCCGUGACCACGCUGAGAGUGUUCUCCGUUCCUCUGCUCGCAGUAACCACGCUGAGUGUGUUCUCCGUUCCUCUGCUCGCCGUGACCACGCUGAGUGUGUUCUCCGUUCCUCUGCUCGCCGUGACCACGCUGAGAGUGUUCUCCGUUCCUCUGCUCGCCGUGACCACGCUGAGUGUGUUCUCCGUUCCUCUGCUCGCCGUGACCACGCUGAGUGUGGACUGA